GAUAGUGAAACUAUGCUCCAUACUUGAUUACGUCUCAACCCAACUAAGCUUUUCUUCUAUUCUAUUUCUACUUUGCCCACUUUCUCUCUCUUUCCAUCGCUUUCUGGUUCCGAUUUAGGGCUCCUUCACUCACAUCACAACCUUAUUGCUCAUCUUUUUUUCCUCUUCUUCUUUUUCAGGUCUCUCCCUCCUUGAUCCCCAACUUCGAUCCAUUUCAUUCCGAUCCUCCCCCUUCACCGUCACUGCAUAACGUUCUCAUCACUCAUACAAUUUUAUUGCUCUCGCCGUUAGGUUGUUGAUUGGUUUUGAGGACAAGAACUUUUACAUUGUUCACACAUCUGUUAUCAUUGAAGGAAAAAAGGGACUGGUGUUUUUCAGUGCUGUGAUGACAUUUGGCUUGACGUAUUGAAAUUCAUGCAAUGUCGAGCUUACUUAAUUCUUCUCUGAACGGGUCUGCUUCUAAUCUUCCAGAUGGUGCUGGGCGAUCCUUUGCUACGUCUUUCUCUGGUCAGUCUGGUGUAGCCUCCCCAGUUUUUCAUCACUCUGGUUCUAUUCAGGGAUUGCACAACAUUCAUGGGAGCUUUAAUGUACCCAAUAUGCCCAGUACACUUACGUCAAGAAACUCAACAAUAAAUAGCGUUCGAACUGGGGGAGGAGUUCAACAACCUUCGGCAAGCCUUUCAAGUGGAAGAUUUGCAUCUAAUAAUCUACCCGUUGCUCUGUCACAGCUAUCUCAUGGAGGCUCCCAUGGACAUUCAGGAGUCAACAAUAGAGGAGGAUUGGGAGUAUCCCCAAUUUUGGGAAAUGCAGGUCCUCGUAUCACAAGUUCCAUGGGAAACAUGGUUGGUGGAGGGAACAUUGGGAGGAUAAGCCCUGGAGGAUUGUCUGUUCCAGGUCUUGCUUCUCGUCUAAAUUUAAGUGGAAAUGCUGGAUCUGGUGGUUUAGGUGUGCAAGGACAGAAUCGAUUGAUGAGUGGUGUGCUUCCACAAGGAUCUCCACAGGUAAUUUCAAUGCUAGGAAAUUCCUAUCCUAGUGCUGGAGGUUCGCUUUCACAAAGUCAUGUUCAAACAGUAAAUAACUUGAACUCUAUGGGAAUGCUGAAUGAUGUGAAUUCUGGUGACAGUACACCUUUUGACAUCAAUGACUUCCCUCAACUGACAAAUCGUCCUAGUUCUGCUGGUGGGCCUCAAGGACAGUUGGGUUCUUUACGAAAACAGGGUCUUGGAGUUAGUCCCAUUGUCCAACAAAACCAAGAGUUUAGUAUUCAAAAUGAAGACUUCCCAGCUUUACCAGGAUUCAAAGGUGGUAAUUCAGAUUUUGCUAUGGAUAUGUACCAGAAAGAACAACUUCAUGAUAAUACCAUGUCAAUGAUGCAAUCUCAACAUUUCUCCCAGAUGGGGAGGACUGCUGGUUUCAGUUUGGGAGGAUUAUAUCCAUCACAUCGUACACAACAGCAACAGCAGCAUGCCCCUUCUGUCAGUAGCAAUGGUGUCUCCUUUUCAUCUGUAAACAAUCAAGAUCUUCUCCAUCUGCAUGGAACGGAUAUUUUUCCAUCUUCACACUCAACAUAUCAUUCCCAGACCAGUGGACCUCCUGGCAUUGGACUAAGGCCUCUGAAUUCUCCGAAUACGGUUUCUGGUAUGGGUUCAUAUGACCAGCUUAUCCAGCAGUAUCAACAGCACCAGAACCAGUCCCAGUUCCGCCUUCAGCAGAUGUCAUCUGCAAAUCAGUCUUUUAGGGAUCAGGGCAUGAAGUCUAUGCAAACUGCUCAAUCUAAUCCAGAUCCAUUUGGUGCACUGGGCUUGUUCAGUGUAGUCCAUAUAAGUGAUCCUAACCUGAAAUAUCUUGCUCAUGGGAUUGAUCUUACAACACUUGGGUUGAAUUUGAAUUCAACAGAAAACCUUUACAAGACUUUUCGGUCUCCGUGGUCUGAUGAACCGGCCAAGGGUGAUCCAGAGUUCAGUGUGCUACAAUGUUAUUAUGCUAAACAGUCUCCUUCCCUUCAUCAAGGUUAUUUUUCAAAGUUUUCAGUGGAAACUUUAUUUUACAUAUUUUACAGCAUGCCCAAAGAUGAAGCACAACUAUAUGCGGCAAAUGAACUUUACAAACGUGGUUGGUUUUAUCAUAAAGAGCAUCGUUUAUGGUUUAUAAGAGUUCCCAACAUGGAGCCGCUUGUCAAAACAAACACAUACGAGAGAGGAUCUUACCACUGUUUUGAUCCAAACACUUUUGAAACAGUCCGGAAGGAUAAUUUUGUUCUUCAUUAUGAAGUGGUGGAAAAGAGACCUUCUGUGCCUCAACAUUGAGGAGGGAAAAAGAAACCUUAAAUGUAAAGUUUUUAUUUAUGGAUUUAAUUUUUAAGACGCAAGUCAUUUUGAGUCAUUAGUGUUCCUUCAAUUUGGCGUAUUUCUUACAUUCUCGUAAAUCUUGAUGCACUGAGGGCUGUUAUCCCUUUCCCCCCAGCCAUAAUGUAGUUAAAUAAUGGACGUUAGGAUAAUCUGGCUGUCUGGAAGUGGCGGAUAUGGAUGUCUUCCCAAUGCACAGUGACACAGUUAUACACCUGACUCCUGGGUGUCUAGUAUUUUUUUAGCAAUUUACUGCAUGCACAAUCAUAUUUAACUUCUCUGAAA